AGUCGCCAGCGGUGUAACCGCCACCCUAUCGUUGACUCUAUUGUUCUUCCUCAUCAACCGGCUGCGUCGAAGGAAAACGCAACUACGGGAGGUGCGGCAGACUAUCGAAGAACAGCGAAACAUGGGAAGCAUCGGUUACAUCGGUGGCAAUAUCGGCUACCUAGGAACAGGUGCCCUGAACAUGGAUUAUCCCUACGAGCAUGGGACGGCACAUUACCAGCUUUGGAAACCACCGGGCAACUAUUUCACAAGAGGUGAGGCGCCACCACCAUACGAAGAGGCAAUUGCGUUGGCCCAGGCGGAGUCCCUCAAUACAUGCACUGUGAGUGUUGCCACUUCAACCCAAAGACAGUAUCCCAUCGGAAUAGCAGAAACGGAGGCUUCGCAGACUAUUACUGCAAAUACAACGAACCUGAUUAAUAUUAACAUCAACAAUGGAGGAAAUUUGACUGCAAUCGCAACUGGCGAAAACCACGUCGUAGGUAGUGAAAUUACCCCUGAUAUGCAAACCGAGCAAACUGAUACUGCAUCUAAUGCUAACGUCACUAACGCUAACACAACUAGUUUGGAUAACCACGAGUCAUGUGUGUCAUUUCCUACUAAUUACUACACUAUUCCCUUAAUUGCAUCCGAAGUAUGCACGAAUCAAAAUUGUGAUUUAAAUGUUGGUAGUAACUGUAAUUAUUCGAUGCCUCAUGCUCCGAAUGUUAAAGAAGUUCAAACGUACUCUAGUCAUAGCGCUACAACAAUGUCCAGCUCAACGAUACCGAAAGAUCAUAGAUCUUCUGAAAGGCUGAUGGAGAAUUGUGAUAAUGUGAUCAAUCGUACGAUUCUGCCACCGCCGGUAUUCGACAGUAUUACAAAUGAAUCAAGCACUGCCAGUGAGAAUACAAUCUCCACAAGCAAGUAUCGCACUACCGGAAAGCGUUAUCAUAGAACUAUUCCAAGACAGUUUACGGCUGUCGAUCCGAUCAUAAAUCCACUGAAGAGUAAUCGUAACAACAUUAUACCAUCCACUCCUGCAGGACAUAUUGCAUGUAGUGGUAACGAUACUAACAACAAGGCUGAUCGUUUAGACGGUGUUGGAUAUAAUGGACCUAAGAGACUAGCUUGCCAAUGUCCAGUGCAGCAUAUGCCUAUGAGCUAUCUGUCUUCUCAAACAUUAGGAUUAGCUCAAAACGGUAACGACACCGUAUCGGCAGCGUUGAUCAAUUCUCAAACAGCGGUUCAAAUGCCUACAAUGAAGAAAAGAAUUUCAAGCGAUGCAGUUAGACAUGUUAAUUUAUCACAUCAUGCUGCAUCAGCUCAAAUCAAAGCCGUUCAAAUCUCCAACGCUCAUUGUAAGGGAGGAACACUAAAGAAAAAUCAUGAAUCCAGUGAUAUUAGUGAAAGAAACGUUUAUUCGAAUAGUAAUUACAAACAGCAGCAUUUUCUGACCAACGACAAAGCCUUGGUUGAUGAUCAACCACGCGAGAGUCAGCUAAAUCUCAAAAAGCAAAAUUCACUACCGAGAAAGGCUACUUUACUUGACACAAAUUUCAGUAUUAAUUCUAUGCACAAAACAGGAUCUGAAAGAUGUGAACUACAAAACCAAAAUGUUGCCACGAUGGACACUAUGCAUGUUUCCACAAUUAUUCAACAACAUUCGAGCUCUUUAACCGAUCGCGACUUGUCGCACCGUAAAUCAUACAAUUCAUCAAAGUCUGAAGUGUGCAUGGAACCAAAUCCAGAACUUCCACCGAAAAUGUACAAGCAUCAUAAUACCAGCCGUUUAUCUGGAGGAACACAUCAGAAAUCAUAUUACAGUAAUUCCAAAACGCACGCCAUUUCCAAGCCUUCAACCGAUGGCUCGAAGUUUUCAAUUCCCGCUACACCUAAUACUUCAAACAAUUAUAAAAACGCGAGUAAAAUGCAGAAGAAUAACUAUUCCAAAUCAUUGCCAAGAAACGUUAUUUCAGCCAGUCACGAAUAUGCACAAACUUCAAGAAGCACUACACAGUUUAACAAUGGUUUAGAAAAUAGCAGCUCAAACAUUAACUUCAAUACUUUGCCAAAGAAAACUAACAAAAUAAGUACUCGUAGCUCUAAUUUACUAACAGAAGUAGUGAAUAAGGUACCAUCAGUAAUAAACAUACCAUCGCCAUUACAACCACCGUCAUCUUCUGUUGGCCAAAGCACUGAUAGUAUACCAGUACAGCAACUAACGUCUAUCAUUUCUUCAACUAACAAAAGAGUUCACCAAUCAUCAUCUACCGCGAAAAGAAUAUCCAACCAAGAUCAGUCAUCGCGCAAAUAUUUCGAGCAAAUGAGUAACGAUAGUGCUACCAACAAGAGCGAAAAGCCAUUGCCCGUUUUGACCACCUCCACAAAUUGUGCUAAUCCAAAGGAACAUUUUCUUCCGAACGACAACAGCCUCGACGAUGACUACCUGAGCGAGUGCGAAAAUUGCAAGUCGGCUCAUGGUUCGCGCUACUAUCUGGAGGAGGAAGUCGAUGAAGCUCCCCAGGAAACCAUGACCCUACAGCGAAAGAUGCCGGAGAACGAGGAAGACCAGCAGAGCUACUACCGUGUGUCAUCUACCCUACCGACUAACACAAGCAGAAAAACACCGACCACGAAAAAUCGCGAAACAUGGUUCACAACCAUCCCGGCUAGCUCGUCAUCCGAGGAGGAAGAAGCGGUAGAAUAAAACAAUUAUUGAUGACGAUCUCGAUUUACAAUUUUUCAGUGAGUGUACAUCUUAUAUAUGAAAUGUUUUCAGUAUUUAUUUUUUGUGCUGGUCACGUAUAUUGUAUUUUUUACGUUUACUACUUAUUUUAUUACUACCUUGUUAUGCCACAAUUCUUAGUCAUAGUGAAAUGUUACUAUUAUAAAUAAUAAUAUAUGUGACAAUUCGACAUUCCA